AUGCCUCCCAAACAAGUCCUUAUCCGCCAUGCUCAGGCAAUCCACAACAUAGACACCCUACCACUUCUUCAAAACCCGUUCCUCACCGACCUCGGCCGGCAGCAAGAGUCUCAGCUCCGCGAGCACUUCGAGUCCCACCUGCCGCCAGACCGCAAAGUGCAGCUCAUCGUUGUGUGCCCCAUGCGCAGGGCAAUCCAGACAUGCCUCAUUGCUCUCGACUGGCUGAUAGACUCCGGCGUGCCCGUGGUGCCGAGUGCCCGAUGGCGGGAUAUUUACCCCAAACCCUGCGACACGGGCACCCCCGCGCUCCAACUGGCCGCCGAGUUCAGGCAAAUCGACUUCUCUUGCCUCGACCCCGUAUACCCGGACAGGACCUCGCCCGCCGGAGCACGGUAUGCGUACGAGAAGGGGGCGAUCCUCGCGAGAGGGCAGUGCGUUGCGGAAUCUGUCCCAACGGAAGGAGGACGGCAUUGUGGUCUUCUCGCACUCGGGGUUUCUGAGGACUGCGGUGGCGGGCAGGUGAUUUGCGAAUGCGGAUUACAGGGUUUUUGACUUCGCCGGGAGGGGUGAGGGGAUAGGGGAGGAUGAGCCGUUCCGGCUGGUGGAGUGGGAUUUGACCAAGGAAAGGGGCGGUAUGGGCAAGAGUAGGGAGGAUAUGGAUGAAUUUGAGGAAGGCUUACCUGAGAAACAGAGGGCUUACAAUAGGCGGAUGAGGGCCCGGGGAGAGGGGUUUCGGCAUGCGUUAUAUCGCGAAGGUUCGAGACGUGAAUGGUGGUUGGCAACGGAGUUUGAGUUCCCUGAUGACUCUGUUCAAGUGCGGGAGUCAUUCCCGGGGCCAGAUUCUGGUCUGUAUUAGAGCAGUUUCUCCGUGCCAUCAAGUCAACAUACUCCGGUAUUUAUUGUAAUAGCGGCAGAUGAGAGUCAGAGCGAUAGCUGGGCUGUCGGUUGUCCGAGGCGG